AUGGGAUCAACUGGCGGGUGGAUUCUCGAUCAAUGGAAAAAUGCAGUAAAAACAGGUACUUCGCUGAUAUACUACUACUACUACUACUACUACUACUACUACUACUACUACUACUACUACUACUACUACUACUACUACUACUACUACUACUACUACUACUACUACUACUACUACUACUACUACUACUACAAUACUUCCGUACUACCGUAG